CUCAGCUCCGCUCCAGGAAGGCCACCUCCUCCCUACCCUCCUCCUCCCCCUCCUCUGCCUGCUGUCACCACUCACCGCUCAUAGCCUCGAGGGGGUGGGGACCCCAGGGCUGGACACACCCCACCGUGGCCCCAGAGCUCAGCUGGUCGGACAGACGCACAGUCGGAUACAAGGACCCCGGAGCCACGAGGUGGGCAGUGUGCCAGGGUCCCUCGCAGCCUCCUCAAGCCCUGUCCAGGCUAUGGGCAUCAAGACAGCACUGCCUGCAGCUGAGCUGGGUCUCUACUUCCUGGUGCUGAGUGGGUCCCUGGCCUAUGCUGGCCGGGGCCUCCUUGAAGCAUCCCAAGAUGGGGCCCACAGGAAGGCCUUCCGGGAGUCUGUGCGACCCGGCUGGGAGUACAUUGGCCGGAAGAUGGAUGUAGCUGACUUUGAGUGGGUGAUGUGGUUCACUUCCUUCCGAAAUGUCAUCAUCUUCGCCCUCUCUGGACACGUGCUGUUUGCCAAACUCUGCACAAUGGUUGCCCCCCAGCUCCGCUCCUGGAUGUAUGCUGUGUACGGAGCCCUGGCUGUGAUGGGCACAAUGGGCCCUUGGUACCUGCUGCUGCUGCUUGGCCACUGUGUGGGCCUCUACGUGGCCUCACUCUUGGGUCAGCCCUGGCUCUGUCUUGGCCUUGGCCUGGCCAGCCUGGCCUCCUUCAAGAUGGACCCCCUCAUCUCCUGGCAGAGCGGGUUUGUAACAGGCACUUUUGAUCUUCAAGAGGUGCUGUUUCACGGGGGCUGCGGCUUUACCGUGCUGCGUUGCACCAGCUUCGCACUGGAGAGCUGUGCCCGCCCUGACCGCCGCUACUCCCUAGCCGACCUGCUCAAGUACAACUUCUACCUGCCCUUCUUCUUCUUUGGGCCCAUCAUGACCUUUGAUCGCUUCCACACUCAGGUGAGUGAGGUGGAACCAGUGAGGCCCGAGGGCGAGCUGUGGCGCAUCCGGGCCCAGGCAGGUCUCAGCGUGGUGGCCAUCAUAGCAGUGGACAUCUUCUUUCACUUCUUCUACAUCCUCACCAUCCCCAAUGACCUCAAGUUUGCCAAUCGCCUCCCAGACAGCGCCCUCGCUGGCCUAGCCUAUUCAAACCUGGUGUAUGACUGGGUGAAGGCUGCGGUCCUCUUCGGUGUCGUCAACACCGUGGCGCGCCUGGACCACCUGGAUCCGCCUCAGCCUCCUAAGUGCAUCACUGCGCUCUACGUCUUUGGGGAAACACACUUCGACCGGGGCAUCAAUGACUGGCUUUGCAAAUAUGUGUAUGACCACCUUGGUGGGGAGCACUCUGCAGUGAUCCCAGAGCUGGUGGCCUCAGUGGCCACAUUUGCCAUCACCACUCUGUGGCUUGGGCCUUGUGACAUUGUCUACUUGUGGUCAUUCCUUAACUGCUUUGGCCUCAACUUUGAGCUCUGGGUACAGAAGCUGGCAGAACAUGGGCCUCUUGCACAAGUUGAGGCCCGUCUGUCAGAGCAGAUGUCCCGUAGGGUCCGGGCUCUUUGUGGGGCCAUAAACUUCUGGGCCAUCAUCAUGUACAACCUUGUAAGCCUGAACAGCUUCGAGUUCACAGAACUGGUCGCCCGACGUCUGCUACUUACAGGGUUCCCCCAGACCACGCUGGCCAUCCUGUUUGUCACCUACUGUGGUGUCCAGCUGGUGAAGGAACGUGAGCGAACCCUAGCACUGGAGGAGGAGCAGAGGCAGGACAAAGAGAAGCUAGAGUAGGUGGGAGGGGGCUCCUGGGUCCCAGGCCCAGGCGGGGCCAGAAGGGCCUCACUGACAGAAUAAAAGACUUUUCUACCACAGU